GGGAGAGAAGGAGAGGGGGAGAGAGGAGCCAGAGAAAGAAGGAGAGAGGGGGGGAGAGGAGAGGAAACGUGAAAAUGGCUCACCGGCUCCGGCUGUACUUCGGCUCCGGCCGCAGCAACACGGCGCCCGAGAUCGAGGAGCUGGACGGGGCGUCGGAGGACGAGCAUGACGCCAUGACGCUCCCCACGCAGCCUCGGCCGCGGGGCUCCCAGCCCAGGGACUCCUGCCUGAAGCGCAGCUCCUCCAUGUUCAUCCCCCAGCUGCUCGCCCAGGAGCCGCGGCCCACCAAGAGCUCCUCCAUGCAGAUCUCCCUGCAGCGCUCGGCCGGCCCCGGGGACGGGCCCCCGGAGCACCCCCUGGGGCCCGCGCCGCCGUACACCGAGCCCAGCGGCGAGUACCCCGCGCCGCCCGACUUCCGCCGGAGCAGGACGGAGCCCGCGGAGGAGCCCGCUCAGAACCGGUACCGGCUCGUCCGCGCCGGGCCCCCGGAGGGUCCGAGCGCCCCGGGGCCCUCGGCCGCGGCCAACGGCGGCCCCCCCGGCAUCAACAUCGGGGGCUUCUGCAUCCAGAGGAGCCCGUCGCUGGGCUCGGAGGUGCAGCAGUUCAGCAUCCGGCCCUUCGGGUCGGGCGGCCCCGCGGGUCCGCGCCGCUGGUCCCUGCUGCAGAACGGGGCCCCCGGCGCGCGGCGCUUCGUGCUGCAGCUGGAGCCCGACCUGGGGAGGUCGCCCGACGGGCCCCGGGGCGAGGGGCCGGACCUGGGCUUCACGGGCACCAAGGGGGAGCGCGUGCUCCGCUACCCGCGCAUCCGGCUGGAGAGGAGCGCCUCUCAGCCCCUGCAGCCCCUCCGGACGCCCGCCCCGCCCGGCCCCGGCCCCGGCCCCGGCCCGGGCCCCGAGCCCCGGGAGGCCGAGGGCGGCACCCCCGAAGCGGAGGACCAGGGCCGGAGCGCGGAAGACACGGCGGCCCAGGGCUGCACUUUCAAAAUCCGCAAGGAGCCGAGCAAGAGGCAACCCCAGUUCAAGAUCUACUUCACCCAGGGAGGAGACCCCGGCACGUCGCCCCAGCAGGCUGCGGAAGGCAGGCCCACCGGCGUCAGCCCGCAGGCUCACAUUGCUCUCGAUCGCACCAAGAAUGGCCUUUCCCACCCGGGACAGACCAGAGAUGAUUUCCUGGGACAGGUCGACGUGCCUCUUAACCAUCUGCCGACGGAAGAUCCCACCAUGGAGCGGCCGUAUACGUUUAAGGACUUCCUGCUCAGACCUCGAAGUCACAAGUCCCGGGUGAAGGGUUAUUUGCGUCUGAAAAUGGCGUAUUUGCCGAAAAACGAUGGACAGGAAGAGGAGAACAGUGAGACGAGAGACGAGGCAGAGGGCUGGGAGGAGGCCGACGCCCAGGACUCCGGCUCUCAGAGGCAGCAGCAGCCCCCGCCCCCGCUGCCGCCCGGCUGGGAGGAGAAGGUGGACAACCUGGGCCGCACGUACUACGUCAACCACAACAACCGCAGCACGCAGUGGAAGAGGCCCAGCAACGUGGACGUGGUCUCGGAGACGGAGAAUGACAAUCACAUCCGGCAGAUCAACCAGGAGGCGCACCGCGUGUUCCGGUCCCGGAGGCACAUCAGCGAGGACCUGGAGAACGAGCACGUGGAGCCGCGAGACCUGGACGACUCCUGGGACCCCAUCACGGAGGAGGAGUCCAGCGUGGUGUCCGACAGCCUGAGCCAGUCCCUCCCGUCCCCCCCCUCGCCCACGCCCGCCCCCCAGUCCAGCCCCCAGGAGUUCUCCGAGGAAAUCAACCUGCGCCUGUCGCUCGCCCCCGACACCAACGGAGAGGCCUCGGGCCCUGCCCCUGCUGUGCAGAGUCAGCUCCCCUCCAGGCUGCGCUCCUCCAGCAUGACAGACGGAGUCAGUGAGCAGGCCCAGCCCCCGCCCCCCGCGUCCCCGAACACGCCCUACAGCUUCACCACCCCCGGCCUGCCGCCAGGAUGGGAGGAGAGGAAGGACGGCAAGGGCCGCACGUACUACGUCAACCACAACAACCGCUCCACCACCUGGACCAGGCCCAUCCUGCAGCUCACGGAGGACGGGGCCAGCACCUCCUCCUCCGCCGGCGCCGGCGCCUCGGGCUCCGCCUCCGCCUCCGCUUCCACGGUAACCAUCAGCAGCCACCUGAGCGAGCCCCAGCUGCGUCGCCCGCGUAGCCUCAGCUCCCCCACCGUCACCCUGUCGGCCCCCCUGGAGGGGGCCAACAAUAUCCAGGUCCGCCGGGCGGUGAAGGACACCUUCUCAAACCCGGAGUCUCCCCAGCCGUCUCCCUACAGCUCGCCCAAGUCCCAGCACACCAACACCCAGAGCUUCCUGCCCCCCGGCUGGGAGAUGAGGAUAGCGCCCAACGGGAGACCCUUCUUCAUCGACCACAACACGAGGACCACCACCUGGGAAGACCCGCGCUUGAAGUACCCCGUCCACAUGAGGACGAAGGCCUCCUUGGAGCCUGGCGAUCUGGGCCCGCUUCCUAACCUGCUAGAGGAGCCCGGCUGGGAGGAGCGUGUGCAUGCGGACGGGCGGACAUUUUACAUCGACCACAACACUAAAAACACGCAGUGGGAGGACCCUCGCCUCCAGAGUCCAGCCAUCACCGGGCCUGCUGUGCCGUAUUCCAGAGAAUUCAAGCAGAAAUAUGACUACUUCAGGAAGAAAUUGAAGAAACCGGCGGACAUCCCCAACAGGUUCGAGAUGAAGCUGCACAGGAACAACAUCUUCGAGGAGUCGUACCGUCGCAUCAUGUCCCUGAAGAGGCCGGACAUCCUGAAGGCACGCCUGUGGAUCGAGUUCGAGUCCGAGAAGGGCCUGGACUACGGGGGCGUGGCCCGCGAGUGGUUCUUCCUGCUGUCCAAGGAGAUGUUCAACCCCUACUACGGCCUGUUCGAGUACUCAGCCACGGACAAUUACACCCUGCAGAUCAACCCCAACUCUGGCCUCUGUAACGAAGACCACCUCUCCUACUUCAAGUUUAUCGGGCGUGUGGCUGGCAUGGCCGUGUUUCACGGAAAGCUGCUAGACGGCUUCUUCAUCAGACCCUUUUACAAGAUGAUGCUGGGGAAACAGAUCACGCUGAAGGACAUGGAGUCCGUGGACAGCGAAUACUACAACUCCCUGAAAUGGAUCCUGGAGAACGACCCCACGGAGCUGGACCUGCGCUUCUGCAUCGACGAGGACAACUUCGGACAGACGUAUCAGGUGGAUCUGAAACCCACUGGCUCAGACAUGGUCGUCACCAACGACAACAAAAAGGAGUAUAUCGACCUUGUUAUACAGUGGAGGUUUGUUAACCGGGUCCAGAAGCAAAUGAAUGCCUUUCUGGAGGGAUUCACUGAACUCAUUCUCAUCGACUUGAUUAAGAUAUUUGAUGAAAAUGAGCUGGAGCUGCUGAUGUGUGGUCUGGGUGACGUGGACGUGAACGAUUGGAGACAGCACACCGUCUACAAGAACGGCUACUGCCCCAACCACCCGGUCAUCCAGUGGUUCUGGAAGGCUGUGCUGCUGAUGGACGCGGAGAAGCGGAUCCGGCUCCUCCAGUUUGUGACGGGGACGUCUCGCGUGCCGAUGAACGGCUUCGCCGAGCUGUACGGAUCCAAUGGGCCGCAGCUGUUUACCAUCGAACAGUGGGGGACUCCAGACAAACUCCCUCGAGCUCACACUUGCUUCAAUCGCCUGGACCUCCCCACGUACGAGUCUUUCGAUGACCUGCGUGAGAAGCUGCUCAUGGCCGUGGAGAAUGCGCAGGGCUUCGAGGGCGUCGACUAAAUACCGACCAAUGGACACACAGCACCCCGUGCUGCCAGUCACCUCCGUCAAGCCACUGCGACCGCAGAUAUGUUUAUAUAUGCACGUAUAUGUACACAUAUAUGGUGCUGUGGACUUCACGACAGCUGUAUAGUGACUUAAAUCAGUGAGCAGUGUCUUCUAUGCCCAUGUCACUCUCCUGGAACACAGAAGGUGACUGCCCUGUUUUUACCCGUGACGUCGCCCCCCCCCCCCCCCCUGAAGCAUUUCAGUGACUCCGUUAUUUAUACUGUGCUGUUUAAGGCAUGACUUUGCAUUCUUUAUUAUCUGCGAUGAGAGGGAUUAUAAUCACUUUUACAAAGUAUUACACCACCCGAUUACCUUAGGAAGGAUAGAAAAUCACUGAUGAUGCAGUAACGGAGUUUGUCCUCACGAUGCAGAAUUCCUAUCAAAAAGGCAUCUCCACUGGUGUAGUUUUUCCACACAGGUUUUUUUAAAAUCUUCUUUUGCAAGUCAAGAAGGCACGGGAUGUUCAUAAUCAUUUUUAGAUAUCUUUUGUUUUGUUAUGCAGCAGAAAUUUGUAUUUGUACCAGUUAACAUAUUGUCCUCUAUUUCAGAAAUUUAUUUUGUGUAUCUAAAGGCAUAACUCUAUCAGAGGAAAAUGAGAAAUCCAUAUCUUGGUGAAAUUGAAUAACAUGGUUAUUAAAGUGCUAAUGACGACAGCAUGAACACGACUGCACCGGAUGCGUAAUUAACAGUGUGUACUCCUUCAGUUAAAAAAAAGAUCCUCAUUUGUUUAUUUUGUUUUAUAAAUAUUAUGCUUCUCUCUUGUUUGUAAUACUGUAAAUUAAUUUCUUAAAGCAUUUUGAAUUUCUAUCAUUUUAUGUGUACCGCAUUUAACGGAAGUAUUAAUGAGUGAAACAUGGAAAAAAAAGCUGUGUAAGAAAGCUGUGAGUGUUAUUAUUUUAGCAUUAUUAGGAGCAGGUUCUUAUAAACUGAGUUUUUUUUUUUUUUUUUGUCCUCCCUUAACACCACUAAUCCCAAAGGGCACUUUAUGAAUCACAAGGUCAUGUCACCUGUCUUAUGUCUCCAUUAUUAACUUGAAUGUGAUUUUUUUUUAAGAGAGAGAGAGAGAGCACACUCGUUUGCCAAGUGCAAUAUGUAAUGUCUGUCGAUCUGGCUGCUGCUAAUGUAUGAUCUCACAGUGCUGGAGUUGAGGCUCCGUGCUGCCAUUCCUCAUGCUCCUCACGCAUGUCCAGCUUUGCUCACACCGGCGGCCAUCUUGGCUGAUGAAAAAUCUUCGAGAUUCUUUACUUUCUUUUUUUUUUUUAAGGGGGUGUUCUUUUUUUAUUAACAGGAAAAUGUCGGUUUGUUUAAAUUCCACGGCUCAACGAGACCUUUCGUUUUCAUUUUUAACUCGGGUCAGAUUAAACUGAAAUGUUGAACUCCAUACGCCUGAUGGUUUUAUCAUUGUGCCAAAUGGAUGUGGAUCCUUGUUCAGACAUUGUGUAUUGCAUAGUUAUUAAUGUCCCGGUCUCUGGCUGUUCUUCCUGCCCUGGGACUGGGAUAGCACGUAACAGUGCAGAUGUGUUGAAGGAUUUGUUUGUAUUUUCUUUAUGUACAGAAAAGGUACAGUAGAUGCCUUCAGAACCUACUGGUUCUGCCUAGUAACAGUCGUAGAACACUAACGAUCAAGAGCGCAUGGUGUAAAAUAAAGAGAUGGUCAAAAACAAA